GUUAGAGAUCAUGAUCAUUUUACUGGAAAAUAUCAUGGUCCAGCACACUGUGGCUGUAAUCUUCAACUCCGUAUUAAGCCAGAUGAAAUUAAGAUCCCAUUAAUAUAUCAUGGUGGGAAGCAUUAUGACUUCCAUCAUAAAAUACAGGAAUUAGGCCUAAUUAGUGAAGACAAAAUUGAAAUAAUUGCGGACAACCAGGAGAACUAUAAGACAAUAAUAAUUGGCCAGAUAAAAUUUAUAGACUCCUGUCAAUUUCAAUUUUCGUUAUUAGAAAAAGUAGCAAGUAAUUUGCGUGGUCAAGAAAAGACCUCAGAGCAAUUGGCUAAAUGUUUUUCAAUUAUGGCACAAAGUAUUCUUCAGCAUUUGCUUCUAUUAUUUACACAAAAAAGUGAGUACUCAUACGAAUGGAAUGAUCCUGAGCACUUCACAAAAACAAAGCUCCCAUCAAGAGAAGAAUUUAAUACAGUACUAGACAGACUAAAUUAUUGCAGGAAUAGGUGUAAAAAGUGCAAACAUGAAAUAAAGAGUAAAAAGUGCAAUAGAAAAUAUAAAGAAGAGGAUUUAAAAGAGGUCGACGAUUACCACCCAUUACUUGAAAAACUUCCUCCAGAUCAAUGGGUAUGUCUUCCCGAUGGUUCACGUGAGCUAAAAAAUAAGAAAGUGAUUAGGAAGUGGAAAGAUGA